UUUCAAGAUGGUGCUGGAAAGUACUAUGGUCUGUGUGGACAACAGCGAUUACAUGAGAAAUGGAGACUUCAUUCCAACACGGCUCCAAGCUCAGCAAGAUGCAGUCAGUCUUGUGUGUCAUUCAAAGGCGAGGUCAAAUCCAGAAAAUAAUGUUGGUUUGGUAGUGAUGUCCAGUGUGGAAGUACUUGCUACACUAACCUCAGAAGUUGGAAGAAUUCUCUCCAAAUUACAUCAAGUUCAACCCAAGGGAGAAAUUGCCUUUAUAACAGCUGUACGAGUGGCACAUCUUGCCCUGAAGCACAGACAAGGUCGUAAUCACAAACUGAGGAUUGUGGUGUUUGUUGGCAGUCCAGUAGAGGAUGAUGAGAAAGAGUUGGUUAAAUUAGCAAAGAAAUUGAAGAAAGAAAAAGUGAAUGUGGAUGUUGUCAAUUUUGGAGAAGAGGGUGUGAACACAGACAAGUUGACAACAUUUAUCAAUACUAUCAAUGGGAAAGAAGGGACAAGCAGUAACCUUGUCACAGUAUCCCCAGGCCCCAUGCUGUCAGACGCUCUCCUUAGUUCACCUGUGGUCAUGGGGGAAGAUGGCACAGGAGUUGUGGCUGGAAUGGGAGGUAGCUUUGAAUUUGGUGUGGACCCCAAUGAAGAUCCAGAACUAGCACUGGCCCUGCGCGUAUCGAUGGAGGAACAGCGAGCACGGCAGGAGGAAGAGGCCAGGAAGGUGGCUGCCUCCACAGCAGAGACGACACCGGCUGCUACUGGAGGAACAGUUGAAGAGGAGUCUCUGGAACAAGCUAUAGCAAUGUCCUUGAACCCAGAGGCAGAGAAGAUGGAGGGUGUCAAAGAUUAUUCUGAAAUGACCGAGGAAGAGCAGAUAGCUUUGGCCUUACAGAUGUCCAUGCAGACGCCAGCGGAGGAAUCAAGUGGAGCCACUCCUAUGGAGACAGACGAGGAAAAGAAACCGAAGGAAGAGAAGAAGCCUGAAGAGGAAGAUUUCCUAAAUGACCCAGCCUUUUUACAGAGUGUAUUGAGUAAUCUCCCUGGGGUGGACCCCCAAAGUGAGGCUAUCCGCAAUGCCAUGAGCUCCCUCACAGACAAAAAAGACGAUAACAAAAAAGAUGACAAGUCAAAAGAUAAAAAGUAAUGAUUUGUAAAAUAUUCAUCACCAGUUUGCCAUGUUUGUUACUUUAUUAUCUUCAUCAGCUACAGUGGGCAUGAGUAGAGCUUGCACUCCAGUGUUUCUCGUGUUUAUUAAGCUGCGAGUAUAGCUAUCUUGUGGAAUUGAGUUAUUUCAGUGUAGUCUUCAGCUAUAUUAUGAAAAUAACACGGUAUGAAUCUGCUCUUCAUCAUGUAGAACCUUUUGGUUUGGUGGGCUGACAAAUGAGAUCUUGAGAUAGCAUACAUGUGUCAUGGAUUGCAAGUUGAAUGGUGGAAGUAGACUUUUGCAUGUAUUUCAAUGGUUAAAGCAGUAAUAGCACAUCAGAACAAUAAACAGUGUUUGUUCAGAGAAUA